AUGUGGAUGGAAAAAGUGGAGUAUGAGGGUAGUGGGGGGGGGAUGGGGGUUGGGGGUGAUGUAAGGGUGGUGAGGGUUUUUUUGUUGGGGGGGUUGGGGUGGGUUGUGGGUGUUGUUUGGGGGUAUGAGGUUGAGAGGGGGGAAGUGGAUUGGGGGUGGGUGGGUGUGAAGUGGGUGAGUGGGAGGGGGGGUUGGUUUGGAAGGGGGGUUGAAGGGGUUUUGGGGGUGUGGGUAGUAGGGGUUUUGGGGAGGGGUUGUUGGGAUUUGGUAUGUGAAUAUGAUAGAGUGGGGUGGUGGAUUGGAUGUGGUAAGGAGUUGUGUUUUAGGGUUGUGUUGGGGGGGGUUGGGGUGGGGUGGUGGGGUGAUGGGUGA